AUGGUUGAUACGAGCUCCAGUCAAUUCAUUGUUGAGGGCUUCUCCUUACUCGGAGUUUCCAUUUUCUUGAUCGCGCUGCGAAUUGUGGCACGAUGGGCUAUGGUGGGAUGGAAGAACUUCCAAGCAGAUGAUUAUUUGAUGGUUUUGGCUGGUGUAGUAUAUGCUAUGGAAACAGCUGCCGCGUAUGCUGUAGUUGAUUGGUAUCAUGGCCUUGCCAAUAGUUCCAUGACUGAUGAACAACGUGCAAGCCUGUCUCCCGAUUCGGAUGAAUACCGCUGGCGUGUCGGUGGCUCGAAAGUCCAGGUGAUUGGCUGGUCAUUAUAUGUCACGACUUUAUGGUUGCUCAAAGCAUGCAUGGCGAUUUUCUAUUCACGCCUCACCGACGGCUUACCCUUUAUGCGAAUUCGAAUCCUUAUCUCAUAUGCAUCUAUUGCAGUGACUUACGUUGUUGUGCUUGUUGUGAUUCUUGCGGGGUGUCAUCCAAUGCACAGGAAUUGGCAAAUAUACCCAAACCCAGGAAGUGAGACUGCAUGGAACUGCUUUAUUCAUGUUAAGGAAUUUCAGGUUUCGUUUGCUAACAUAGAAGUACUCUUAGAUGGCUGCCAACCAGCAGUCGCCAAGCUGCAUAUCUAUUUUACCGUUAUCCUGAACGCGAUCACUGAUAUUGAACUCAUGAGCAUUCCUAUCCCUAUGUUGAUGAAGGCCAAAAUGCGAUGGCGAGAAAAGGCACGACUUUUGGUUCUGUUCAGCGGAGGCUUAUUUGUUAUGACGGCUGGAAUAUUAAGAUGCGCUUUGAUCUUAACAGGAGGAUCCAGAAGUGCUGCAGAGGGCGCUGCCUGGGCUCGACGCGAGUCCUUUGUAGCGGUCGCUGUAGGAAACUUCCCUAUGAUCUAUCCUCUUGUCCGCCGCCUUGCUCGCAAGGCAGGAUUGAUUGUUAGCCAAGGCAGUUCCCGGGACUAUCCUCGACAAACACAAUCACAAAGUGCUUUACAGUCGCAAAGUCGCAAGAAGAACAGUUAUCCACUUGUGUCUCGCAAGAACAAUGAGUGGAACGAGCUGGAUGACGAACUUAUCAGCCUCGACACCGGCCGAAAGGAACCUACGACACACAUUACGGCAAAUAGUGACUGGGACAGAGACGAUGUGAAAGGCCAGGGCCCUGGAAUUUAG